AUGGCGGUGGAUAGUUGCAGAGUAGGGAAAUGCUGGGGAAAAAAUGGAGUGAUUGUUAUAAAUUUGCCUUCCAUUUUUGUUUUCUACCAGCGAUUGAAUUUAGAAAUCCACGGCUACCAGCACUGCAGCGGGCCCACUGCUUGGAGGAUCGCCGAAGAACUUAACCUUCAGAGCAGACCUCAGUCCGGAUUCGCAGAACAAGGCUUCAUGAAAUCUGUUUCUAUUGCUGAGAAAUUUGGGAAUUUUCUGGCCAAUGGGCAUGAUGGAGAUAAUUCGAAACAAAAUACUUCUGACAUGACUGCAUUUGUGCAAAACCUUCUUCAGCAAAUGAUGGGGAACCGAAUUGAUGAGUUAGAGCAGAGCAUAAACGACCUCAGAGCUGAGAUGGGCCAAGAAGGUUGUCCAUCUCCUUCGGCUCCAUUGAAGAUGAAGGAUGAACCUAAGUCAGCUCAAGACAGUUAA